GAGAGGAUAAAAAUGCAAGCAUUCUGCUGAACAUUUUAUAGUCUACUGUAUGUAGUCUACUGUUUUUUAGGCUGAGUGGCGCGCAUGCCCCAUGUCAUAGUAAAGGAAAAGCAUAAUGAAGUCUCUCUCUCAUUGACCUCAGUGCGCAUGGUCAUUGCUUUUGUAUCAUUUAUGUCCGUCUGAGCAAGAUCAGCUGCACUUCAUGUAUUGCAGAAAUAAGUUUUACGGCGUUGAAGUAGGCUGUUUUCAAAGGAAUCAUCGGAUAAGGAAACAGAAUAUGUCGGUAAAUAAAGCAAAGAAAGUAAAAAUGGCUACCAAAUCAUGUCCUGAGUGCGACCAACAGAUUCCAGUUGCUUGCAAGUCUUGUCCCUGUGGCUAUGUAUUCAUUAGUCGAAAGCUUCUAAAUGCCAAACUGAAUGAGAGAUCAUCACCAGCAAUAGACAAGUUGGAUGCAAAGAGGAGGAGAACUGAAAGAAUUCGCAGAGAGAAGAUCAACUCUCCGUCAACCAAUGACAUGGAGAACAGAAGGCGAUGCCGCUCCAACAGCCAAUCGGAUCAGAUCCGGAGAGGGCGGGGCAGGCCAAAGACAGUUGGGCUGAAGAAGCAGGAGGAGGAGAAAGAAAAAUUUGAGAAAGAAGUUGAUAUCUAUGCCAACCUCUCAGAUGAGAAAGCAUUUGUGUUUUCGGUGGCAUUGGCCGAGAUCAACCGAAAGAUCCUGGGCCAAAGACUGAUCCUAUAGACAGACCGGAUAGUUGCUGUGAGGGAUUGACAUGUGAAACCUAAGAUUGUUACUGUGGAGAGACCCAUGGAUGACCACCACAGUGUGUCUAACAGGGUAUGAACUCUGACCCAAAGAACUCCCUGUCGGAUUGGUCGAAGCCUUGGGAAAAUGGAGAUGUUGGGGAACAUGGAGAAGCAGGCAACUGUUCUGCUCAAGAGGAAGUGUUGGAACCAACUUCUAUCUUUAGAGAGUAGCUUAUGGAAUUGGAGUGGGUAGGACAUCUGAAUAUUUAUCUUUUAAUCAAAUUUUAUAUUAUAUAUAUUAGAUGAUAUGGUAUAGGUAUAGGAUUCAUCACCUUGUCAACCAAGAAAGCUGUCAGUAACAAAUGCAAAACAUUUCUAUUAAAAAAGGGCAUAAAUGUGUUGAAGUAUGGAGGGCCAUCCUAGCAUUGUAACUGGCUUCUAUAACGUUAUUGGCUUGUACUGCUAGUAAACACUGUUUAUUUAAGUCUAGAUGCCAUUGGAACAUAAUGUUCAAUAUAUUUUGUAUCAUGCUUAGGGCUUUAGGAGAAGGCCUUGUACAUUUGUAUUUAUAAUGCUUGUGUACCAUCUUAAUUUAAGUGCAUAUUAUUUUAUCUUUUGUUUCAUUAUUGGUGACAUUAUAUUAAAUAUGUAAUAUUUGACACCUGUCAUUUAAAUGUCAAAGGCAAAUCCUCUUUAAUGUGACUUCUUUUGUCAUUAAAAUAGAUUAAUCACAACCACCA